AUGGUCAAGACUUCACAGAGGAAGCAACGUGACUGAGAAACCAAUUCAAAGCGUGGCUUAAGCACCUCCAUCCCUUUGGGAAUGUCGUACAUAUUCAAGAGGCUGGUUACUAGAAUCACAUCCUAUCCUGGCAAUGAGAUCAGAUGCCAUCAAUGGGAGGAAACUUUGGAUAAGCCCCAGCGGCUCUGGCAGAAGAGACUGCAUGGAUUCCAGGCCUUCAGUGGAACCAGAGAACGCUUAAGUACUUUGGAUCUUGCCAAAGCCUUGCAGAAACUUGCAACUAGUUGUACAGGUGAAUCUCUGCCAGGAGUUCUCACAGGUGGUCUGAACUCCAGCCCCAGGCCCACCCCUACCCAGUCUUCAGAUUUGGCAGAGAUGAUUCCAGGAGCUGGUCUGGGUAUCUCACAGCUCCUCUGCAAACAAUUCCGGGGGACUGAGGAAGAUAUCAGGAAACAGGAAGUGAAGAUGGCAAGAGAGAGACUGAGGAUAGCAUUGAUCGCAGACAGGCUAGCUAUCAAGGCAGAAAAAGUGAGGGGCUAAGAAGGAUGUCCUGACAAACACUGUUGA